UGCGCCUGCGCACUACCGGCGCCGCGGCCGCCGCCCGGAGAUGGGCAGGGCUGGCGAGGGGCUGAGAGCAAAGAGGCAGCCGACAACGGCUCUGUGCAGAGCUGGAGGGGACGGGGCUGCCGUGGGCGGCAAGCUCAUCUAAAGAGACUGCUAAAGAUUUAGCUGUACUCGCCUGCUACAACGAUGGACAGCGAAGUGCAAAGGGACGGCAGGAUCCUGGAUUUGAUCGAUGAUGCGUGGAGGGAAGAUAAAUUGCCGUACGAAGAUGUGGCUAUCCCUCUGAAUGAGCUUCCUGAACCAGAGCAAGACAAUGGUGGCACAACCGAGUCUGUAAAAGAGCAAGAAAUGAAGUGGACAGAUUUGGCUCUCCAGUAUCUCCAUGAAAACGUUCCGCCCACGGGAAACUAGUGAGUCAGUGAGAUCUCAUGCAGUGGAUGCAUGAAUGCAAUAUAAAAAAAUAUUUUUCAGCCGACCAUCACUGUCAUAAACUUCUCUAAGGAGGAAACAAGGUUUCUGAAAAAGGCUUGGAUUCAAACAAUUGUUCUACUCACAGUGACCAAACACAGUUUACAAUCCUUUUAUAACGAGUGUGAAAUAACGAUGGCUAUCUGACACCUCAGAGCUAAUUGCAGAAUGUUUCUCUUACGGAAGAUUAUUUCAUAUCUUCUGUUAAAUUGUUCUUAAGUUGGUGUAAAUUCUGAUCUUAAAUGUUUUCUACCUGUGAUAAAAGAAGUAUUUUUUACUGUC